ACCAUGUAAUUUGCAACAGUACCAUACCCUAAACAUAUGAUUAAUUAAAUCAUCUUCGCUCUCAGUUUUUCGCCUUCUAAGAUUUCUUCCAAUUUCAAGCAAAGCAAGCCAUGGCGGACCAGCCUAGCAGAGCUCUGGUACUGUAUGGUGAUAGUAUGGCGCGAUUUCUCAAUCCAUCUCAUACCCAUCUCCAUUCUCUCGCUUCUCGAGCCUGCUGCGGCUUUUUGUCUCUCCCUCACUCACCUCCUUCAGAAAAUGAGGAUGGAAGAAUAGUGAGAGAAUUUGCAGAGCUACUUGAUGCCAGUGAAGCUUAUAAUGAAAUGAAUAAGCAAGAUCUUUCAAAAGCAAAAUUUGAAGAGAAGUUUGUAAUACCAACUGUAUCACAGAGGUUUAUGGGUAUGAAAGCUGCUAUUAUCACUGAUAAUUCAAGCUUGAACGGUUUUUGUGGUCAUCUUGGCUUCACCGUGUUGCAGCUGGAAGAUUUAGUUCAUAGCAGCCUCGAUGUGGUCAAGUCAUCUUUCUUGGCUUGCGAGUUACUGAAAUUACUAGGGUUUCAAGAUGGAAAAGUUUUGGAGACGAGACAGUUUGAUUUAGUGAUUCUUCAUGUUGGUAGUAGCAAAACGAGUACUCUUGAAGACAUAGAACAUGUCAAUGGUUUGGUCGGUGAGUUAAUAAACGAGGCACAACCUGGGACUGGAGUUGGUUCUCAGCUGCAUCUCUCUGUCUUAUUGAGCUUCGGGGCUGUGUUAGAAAAUGAAAAUUCUAGCUUUUCUGUUGCUAGCAAUAGACAUGAGAAUAAUCCCGAGCUUUCUGCACUCUUUCCUCGCCAAAGUUAUACAUUGAAAGAAGGAAAACCACGAGAGAAUGUUAGAAAACAUUGUCCAAUGUUAUUUGCUCAAUGGCAAGAUGCUGUAACUCGCAAGGAUAUGGUAAAAUCAUAUUCUUUUGAAGAUUUUAAGGAGAAUGGUGGAAAUCUUGUAAUUCCAACGGACAGAUGCCUACAUGAAAUAGCAUUUAAGCUAUGGAAAGCUCCAAAAUAUGGAGCAUGACUGACGUAUAUCUACUCAGAGACCUCAUUUGACUUGUCUGUAUUUGUGAAGCCAGGAAUUUGAAUCUUAUUUUGCAGAAUAAGGCAUAAUGAUCAGCCAGGAAUUUGAAUCUUAUUUUGCAGAAUAAGGCAUAAUGAUCAUGAUGUUUUGGUUUCUUGUUAUUCCAGAACUGAAUUUGUUGGGUUUAAUGUUUAAUGGUAAAAGUUGUGCAUUGCUAGUAUAAAAUGUAUGCAUUCGGUGGGGUAGUGUUGUGUAUUCUGUGUUAGUGUGACGGUGGUCAAUUUUGUGUGCACUGCGGCAGCGGUUGCAGUUUGCCGGUUUGUUAAUGUAGUAUUUGUGCAUCUAGGCAUUGGUGUUAAUAUUAGUAAUUAAAAAUAGUUGUUUUCAUCAAUAUUGUUAGAGAAGAAACAAGUUUUGAAAUCGUACCGUGGAAUGAUCGUUUUUCUUUUUUGA